AUCAGGAAGUGUUCUGUCACUCCGAUUGCGCUGAUAGUGCAGACUGCUGCUACCGCUGAUGUCUGCCUCCAUUUGCACCACUGCUACAUCAGAGUAAUGACUAUCAUCUUAUACACCUGCUGAAGAUCUCUGCCCUCCUGGACAAACACAUGGACACAGACACAUCCAGACAACAUGGGCUCCAGAAUGAAAGAAAACCCAGAGCGGACCUUCUACUGGUUCUUUGAAGCAACCUGCCCCGUAGCCAGAGACAAAGAUCCUGGUGUUCUGUUUCAAUUUCCAGAGGACUUCAGCGAUGAGGAGUCUUGUCAAACAUUGCCCAGGUUCUGCUUCCCAUAUGACAUACAAAGAGCGAGGGAGGGAGUGGCUGUGCAGCACUUUACUUUUGUUUUGACUGACCUCGAGGGCUGCCAGCGGUUUGGCUUUUGUCGUCUCACCAAUAACACACAUACCUGCCUUUGCAUACUCAGUUAUCUUCCAUGGUUUGAAGUGUUUUACAAACUUCUUAACAACUUGGCUGAUUGCCUCACGAAAGGACAGACCAAUGAGAUGAAAGCGUUGCUAGCUGCACUCUACAAGCAGCCCUUACCACUGGCAGCUGGAUCUGUCACUCUGCAAAUGGGAGAGCAGCUAUUGGUCAGCAAAGAGGUGUCCCAUCCUGUUGGUCACCCAGAGGGACAAGAGGGGGUUCCAUACUUCAUCGCUCCAGACCCCAGAAGUCUCCCUUCUAUCCCUGAAAAUAGGAAUUUGACAGAGCUGAUUGUAGCAGUAGAUGUGGGGAACCUGCUCCAGCUCUAUGCCAGCAUGCUGUUUGAGAGACGCAUCCUCAUCUUUGCCAGCAAACUCAGCACUCUGACGUCUUGCGUGCAUGCACUCAGUGCUGUGUUAUACCCAAUGUACUGGCAACACAUCUUCAUCCCUGUCCUACCACCCCAUCUACUGGACUACUGCUGUGCACCAAUGCCUUACCUAAUAGGGGUCCAUACCAGUCUAUCUGAGCGGGUGAGGGGCCGCGGGUUGGAGGAAGUUGUAAUUCUGAAUGUGGACACAAACACUCUGGAAACCCCCUUUGACGACCUUAAAAGAAUACCUUCAGAUGUGAUGUCCGGGCUGAAGGGGUGUUUGAAGCGUCAGGCAGUGUCUCCUGGCUGUGGUGUAUCAAGGGCCUUCCUGAAAGCUCAGGCUCUACUGUUUGGAGGCUACAGGGACGCGCUGCAGGAUGACAAGGAGGGUGUGAUGUGGUUCAGUGAGGAACUGUUUGUAGAUCAUAAGUCUGCCAGUAUGAGGCAGUUUCUCAAGAGUGCCAUUCAUUUACAGUCCUUCAAACAGUUCAUUGAUGGUCGCUUGGAUAUUCUAAACAAAGAGAAGGAACCAGAUGAUCUCUUUGAAGAGGAAAUCUUAAAGUGUGAAACAGCUGCAGGGAGAAACAAAUCAUAUCAACAGUUGGUUGGUCAUUUAAAGAAAGGGGGAGGAGCGCUCAUCCUUAACAUGAAGUCCAAAGCAAACAUGGGGGCCAAAGGUCUUACCAAGUCUGGUUUGAAAAACCUGCUGAUGCAAAAGGCCCACAAUGAACAGCACACCCUUCAGAGAGGUGGAUCUGUGUCGCACCGCCGUGCUAAAUCAGACUGCUUGCAGAACCGCCUGCCUAUCACACAACACUUUGGGAGGUCACGUCCCCGUCGGCCUGCUCACAAACUUCGGGUUCCCGGAGACGAGGAGGACAUGCAGGACUCGGGAGACACAUGGGAUGGAGCGGUGUCUGGGCCUGUGGUCGAGGACUCUGAGCUCCAGAAGGAUAAAGAUGAGGGGGAAGAUUCCUUGCUGUGCGAUCCAGAGGAGAUGGAUCUGCUGGGGGAGAUCUUUGACACCCUCAGCUCCCGGAGCUCCCACGACCGCGGCCUUCUGUAUGGCACACGCAGCCUGGAUCUGUUUGGACCGGACAGCCAUGACUACAUCACAAAGCGCGGUUUUCAAGCCAACCCCAGCCAGGAGAGCUUGUCUCUGUCCAUCAGCGGCAGUGGCAGCCUGCACAGCUGGAAUCUGGAAACGACAGAGGAGCUGUCAGACCUGACGGGAGACUCUGAUUGGCCGUGCCUGGACACCAGCGUACCAGAAGAGGAGGUGACAGAGAGUCUGCUGGCAGCGUGUGAAGUGGGGGAGCAAGAAAGCAAACAGAGGGAGAGCAGAGAGAAACAGGAAGAAGCGAAGGUAGCAAUGAAGGGGAACCAUGAAAAAGAAAUAGUGAACGAAAAUAAUUUGAAGGAAGUUAAGUUAGAGGAAGAGACAAAGAAAGAGGGUCAAGAAAAGAGAGGGAAUUUAGGAGAAGACCCUUUGAAAGAACUGGCUGAGAAGCAAAAGGAUGAAGGGUUGAAAGAAAAGAGGGAAGGCGAGCAAAAUCAGAGUGAGGAUGUAACUGAGGGACAAGACGUAGAAACAAGAACAAAUGAAAUGCAGGAGGGCGAAGCAAGAGAAGAAAAGGGAAAAGAGAAGCAUAAGGAGAAAGGUGAAGAAGUGGCAGAAUCUUUAAACAAACUUUUACAACUUAAUACCCUACAUCCAAAUGCCGAGGAGGAGCAGCAAAGACAGGAGCACAUUAAGAGACCAACCGCUUCUCCUGGGCCUCAGAGUCUCAUUCUUGACCCUAAACCUGAAGCAGAUCAGGAAAAAAAGAAUGAAGAAGCAGUUAAGAAAGAGGAGCGGGAGAUGAGACAGACUCCCUCGCCUCCUAAAGUGCUAUCUGCUGUAGCGCGCUUCCAGUCUCAGGCGCAGAGGCAGGGCUUUCAGGUGAAGCACAGGACCAAGGAACUGGCUGAACUUGGGAGACCUGGCAAUGUGCUAUGGAGCAGGGAGAAGGUACAAACACACCCGCCAUGUGACUCAAAUAUAUCAGAAGAGAAAAAACGCUCAGAGGGGCAUGAGGAGGAAAUCCUGCCUCUAAUUAAAGUGUCUGACCUAAAGAAGAAAUUUGAGGCUUAGAUGAUGAGACUGGUGUAGUUUCUUUCUUUUAACAAAUCCCAUGAAAACAUGUGCAAGCCCGGCUUUCAGAUUUUUUUUUGUCUGUGACUCUCAGCCCAGGAACCAAUGCUAUAGAAACGGGUCACAAAUAUAAAGUUUCAUUUUUAUUUAAAUUGGCUCAGUAAUUUCCUAAGUGUAGCUUAAAGCGAAUGUUACAAACAUUUGUUGGGGACUAUAAUCAGUCACAGAUAUGGUUCAGCGGGACAGUGUAUGUGUGAUUGAGUCAAAAUGAACUAAAGUAUGCAUUUUAAUUAUAAUGAAGGAACAUGUCACCCAGUCAUGAUGUUUUUAAUGUUUUGGGUCUGUUGACAUUGACAAUAAGAAAAACAUAUGCCACCUUGCCAUGAAUUAGCAAAUAUUUAAACAUAUUUGUUUAUUUGUCUGAAUGUUGUAAACUGAAAUUAUAUUGAAUGCACUUAGAAUUGAGGCAACAUGGAAGCAUGGUUUCAAUAAAAAAAAGUUCUCCAACACUGAGGAAAAUUGUUUUGCAUAUCAGCCACUGUAUGAUGGCCCUUUUGUUACCGAUACAUGAAUAAUUUCUUCAAGUGUAUGUGAGUGUGUGAGACAUGUAUGCACUUCAUCUGCUUCAACUGACAAAUGAGUAUAAUUAUUGAAUUUGGGUGAGUCUUUACACAUAAUCUGAAUAUCUUAAAUGCUAAUAAACUAAACAUUUUGAACAUCUAA